CUCUGGAUAAGAGCGUCUGCUAAAUGACUUAAAUGUAAUGUAAAUGUACAUUGGACAAUAAAGUAAUCUUUUUCUUCUUUCUUCUUUGCAGUGCCUCAGCCUGGUGAUGGAGGACUCAGUGUACCCCAGACGGGCAGUGUUAGUAUGUCUAUAGAGUGGAGGGCGCUAUGAAGAGAGCUAAGAUCGCCCGGAACACCCACAUUGUUACGGAAACCCUAUAGCCUGACCCACUUAACAACCACAACAGAUCAGCUUCAAUAGAGACGGUAGUAGUGUUUAUGCUUUGUUGUUUAUAUAAUUUCUACUUUUGACUGAUGACUUUGAUGAUUUUCAUCUCAGCCAUCAUUCAGUCCAUCACACAGUGUUGGUGACUAGAGCUUUACUGUAGUUAACAUAGUAAAUCAUUUAUUAAGUAGUGGUGAAAUGUUCUGUUAUGAUACGGGGCAGGGUAGCCUAGUGGUUAGAGCGUUGGACUAGUAACCGAAAGGUUGCAAGUUCAAAUUCCCGAGCUGACAAGGUCGUUCUGCCCCUGAACAGGCAGUUAACCCACUGUUCCUAGGCCGUCAUUGAAAAUAAGAAUUUGUUCUUAACUGACUUGCCUAGUUAAAUAAAGGUAAAAUAAAAUAAAAAAUGGGGGGGGGAAGGUUAGUGUUAGGACAUAGACAAACACUACCCUGAUACACUUCCACACACCAUCUCCAAGUAGCAGCACCAACCGAGUCAAGGGCUCUGUUCUGCCAGGAAGGCUUGAUAAUUCAAUAGGGGCAAGUGAUCAAGAUUGCUUGUCAGUCCAGGGGACAGGAGGCCAGAAGCCUCUCAGUUGGCCUUUGUUUGUUUCAUGGUGUUAGUUCUCUUUAGUUGGGAAUGUGUUUUUUGUAUUUUCCUUUUUGUACACCUUUAUGUUUCAUCAUCUGAACAAAUAAUAAUCGGCUUGGAAUGGCCUACCAAGAGGUCAAGAAGGAGCUGGCCCUGGACCAAAGGUAAGGUGGCUGUCUCCUGGGUGAGUACAUUUAACACCUAGUCGCACACACUUACUUCCCACGUUUAUGCACACAUCAAAUCAGGUUACAGACCAUUUAGCUGGGCUUAAGACCCCUAGACAUAACGAGAGCAACAAAAUCAGUACACUAGUUAUUGGUUUCUUAGCAGUUCCUUUAAUAUUGCUAUACUGUAACAAUGUCCAUUAGCUCAGGUGCGAUGACAUUCACAGUGGUGUGUGUGUUUUAGGUCAGUGAGCCUAAACGUCAGGGUGAUGUUUGUGGCUGGCCAUAGGGUCCUCCUACUGUACCAUCCACGCCCUCAGCCCCACUCAGCCCAUACUCCUCCCUGGGAACACUGCUCUCACCCCAGGGCCCUUCCACACACUACCCCUCCCUGGAGGAUCACAUGGCAAGUGUGGGUUUAGCUGUGGUGCCAAACGCCUGGGACCAGCCCUUACUGCUGGGUGUGAAGGGCACCACCCCAGACCCUGGCUCCUACCGUUUCCUGACGCCCGCUGAGUUUUUACAAUUGGAGGGGGCACUUGUGAGGUGCCUGGUGGACUGCCAUCGAUGUACCAGAAGGCCCAUGAGAAGAGUGUACAGGACUGGCAGAAGACGGUGAAGGAUGCCCACCUGAACAAAGAGCGGUGGCGUCAGUUCCAGGCCCUGGUGGAGCAGAAGUUCCAUGAUUGGCUGUUGGAGUCGGGACACAGACAUGGGCUGGACAGCCUUAUCCCCCCCUGCAUCACUUCCCAGGACCCCUCGCACAGCGACAGCCUGGAGGCCGGGCCAAAUGACACCAGGCAGGAAGGGACAUCUAGAUGGACAGUGGGGAGGACACCUUUUGCCUUGCUGACUUUUUGGGUUCUUGUUGAUGGAGAUCCCCAUACAAAGAAGCUUUUGCCUCACAGUCAGCUGUUUGCUUCACAGCCACUGAUUGUCUUUUACGAGGAUAAGAACUUCCAGGGCCGUCGUUAUGAGUGUGACAGUGACUGCACCGACUUCCAUUCCUACCUGAGCCACUGCAACUCCAUCCGUGUGGAGAGUGGAGCCUGGGUGGUGUACGAGAGGCCCAACUACAUGGGCUACCAGUAUGUUCUGACCAGAGGAGAGUACCCUGAAUACCUACGCUGGAUGGGCCUCAAUGACCGCCUCAGCUCCUGCAAGAUGAUCCACUUUUCCUGUGGGACCCAGUACAAGAUGCAGCUGUAUGAGAAGGAUGACUUCGCGGGCCAGGCCUUCGAGGCCGCCGAGGACUGCCCCUCAGUCCUGGAGAAGUACCGUUGGAGGGAGGUGUACUCCUGCAAGGUGCUGGAUGGCUGGUGGGUCUUCUACGAGCACCCCAACUACCGUGGACGCCAGUACUUCCUGGAGAAGGGAGAGUACAGGAAGCCUGGGGACUGGGGUGCAGUCAGUCCCACUGUCCAGUCCUUCAGACGCUUCACUGAGUGAUCCUCCUGACCACAACAACACCAACCUCAACACCAACCUCAACCUCAAACCCAACCUCACUAUAAUCAUACAUAAUAUGCAUAAUAUGGACUUUGAAUAACCCUAAUAUUUAUUGAUUUUGAAUAACGCCUAUCCUAUUACUUUGAGUCUUUUGAUUGUGACUUUACUGAGGUCUCUCUCCUGAAAUAAAAACUUGGCUGGUAAGCAGA